UCUGGCACUCCUUUCACGAACUUUUCCGAGAGUUUCUCGUAUGACUUCGUACUCUUCCGUAUAAAUUCGCGCAAACACCCGAAACCUAUUUCGCGAACUUGUUUCUCAUUUAUUGAACAAAUGGCGAAGACAUUGGGACGCGUCCUUGUAUACGGUGGUAAAGGAGCCUUAGGCUCUGUUUGUGUUUCGACAUUUAAAUCAAAUAAUUGGUGGGUUGGAUCCAUUGAUAUGAAAGAAAAUGACCAUGCUGAUGCAAACAUAAUUGCGAAACCUAAUAACUCCUGGCAGGAACAGGAAACUGAUAUUCUCCAGCAAGUUGCAAGUAUCUUAAAUGGAAACAAAGUAGAUGGUGUGAUUUGUGUAGCUGGUGGAUGGGCUGGUGGAAAUGCUAGCCAUAAAGAUUAUGUAAAAAAUAGUGAUCUUAUGUGGAAGCAAAGUGUAUGGAGCUCAGUCAUUGCUAGUAGUAUUGCUGCUCUUCAUUUAAAGGAGGGAGGUUUUCUUGCACUAACCGGAGCUAAAGCUGCAUUGGAAGGAACAUCAGGAAUGAUUGGUUAUGGACUGGCCAAAGGGGCUGUUCACCAAUUGACCAAGUCUUUGGCAUCCAAAGGAAGUGGUCUGCCAAAGGAUUCUCUGGUUGCUGCUAUUUUACCUGUAACUUUGGAUACACCCAUGAACAGAAAGUGGAUGUCCAAUGCGGAUACCUCUUCUUGGACUCCUCUAGAAUUUGUGGCAGAUCUAUUUUGGAAAUGGUCACAAGGACAAGACCGCCCUGCUAAUGGCAGUCUUCUGCAACUGAUCACUCACGAUAACAAAACAGAAUUGAUUUCAGUGUAAAAGGGAAAACUAAGAUACAUACGGGAACAAGAAUUUAUUCCAUGUAAAUAUAUAUACCUAAUACAAACGGUUUGUAUUUGGUAUUCAAGCCCAUUAUGUUUGUAACUUUUGUGAUUUACGAUAUAAGCAUUUAAAAAUGUUAUUACUGUAAAUAUACAAAAAUAGUUUCAUCUUCAUUCCAA